UUUUGCUAAACAGUGGCAGCUUUUGCGCAUGUCUCCCUCCCCACCUCUUCUUCUCUUCUCUCUCGCCCCAACGCGCCCAGUUCGAGAAAGGGAAACAAAAGGAAAGCACCGAGACCUUCGAAUCCGCUACAGCCACUGCCACGAGACCACGGCCUCGGCCUCGGCCUCGCCACUGCCCCUGAGCCGGCUAUAUAAGGACCACUCCUGCGCAUCUAUUGAUUUCAGCAUUUCCUCUGACCAGAGGAAGAUCCCGGAAGCAACCAAAUCAGAAGCAGAAGCUAGAGCUACUAGUUUUUGCACUCGACCAUCGAUCUUUCACAAAACCACACAUAUAGCUUGCUUAACUGGCGGUGUAGUGUAGCUGCGAUCGCUGCAAACUACAGGGUGUAGUGAUCGUCGAUCGGCUACAUAUCAUAUACCAUGGAGGCGCUGAGCGGGCGGGUAGGCGUCAAGUGCGGGCGGUGGAACCCUACGGCGGAGCAGGUGAAGGUCCUGACGGAGCUCUUCCGCGCGGGGCUGCGGACGCCCAGCACGGAGCAGAUCCAGCGCAUCUCCACCCACCUCAGCGCCUUCGGCAAGGUGGAGAGCAAGAACGUCUUCUACUGGUUCCAGAACCACAAGGCCCGCGAGCGCCACCACCACAAGAAGCGACGCCGCGGCGCGUCGUCGUCCUCCCCCGACAGCGGCAGCGGCAGGGGAAGCAACAACGAGGAAGACGGCCGUGGUGCCGCCUCGCAGUCGCACGACGCCGACGCCGACGCCGACCUCGUGCUGCAACCGCCAGAGAGCAAGCGGGAGGCCAGAAGCUAUGGCCACCAUCACCGGCUCGUGACAUGUAAGCUGCAGCACGCACGUACACAUCGCUACGUCAGGGACGUGGUGGAGCAGCAGGAGGCGUCGCCGUCGUGGGAGCGGCCGACGAGGGAGGUGGAGACGCUAGAGCUCUUCCCCCUCAAGUCGUACGGCGACCUCGAGGCGGCGGAGAAGGUCCGGUCGUACGUCAGAGGAAGCGGCGCCACCAGCGAGCAGUGCAGGGAGUUGUCCUUCUUCGACGUCGUCUCCGCCGGCCGGGAUCCGCCGCUCGAGCUCAGGCUCUGCAGCUUCGGUCCCUAGCUAGCAGCUGAUCGACCGUCGACGCAUGCAUGCACGUACUGCGUGCUGCUGUGGCCUUGUCUCACGCAUCAUUGUGUAGUCCUUGGGUUCUAGCUAAUACCGACAUGAAAAGAUGUGCGAGAUGUGGAAAUACUGUACGCAUAUAUAAGCUGUAGAACGUACGCGCGUAUCGCUGCCCUACCAAACGACGUACGUUGCAUGAAGAAUCUGAGAGGGUCAGGGAAUGAGCAUGCAGCUGCAGCUGCUGAGAUUUCUACUGCCUUUUCGCUGAUCUUUUCAUCAUGAGGCCGGAUGCGCUGCGUGCCACUUUUUUUUUCGUUCAUUUAUGCUGGUGUGUGCCCUCAUGGCCUCAUAUGCAUGGCAUACGGAAAUGAAAUAACCUUUGUGCUCACUAGAGUGAUGACAUUUCUAAAUUCCAUAUCGCCGUUUCAUAUGUAUUUAUAUUCAUGCAUGCAUAUGCCUGGCAAUUCCUGUAAUAACGUCGUACUCGAUCGGUCUAGCACUAAUAAUA